AUGUCUGUUCUACAGGAUCUUACUCUCGCCAACCUGCUUGUGGACGCCCUUCUCUUCUACGCGUUGUACUGUUUUUCAAGAUGGCUUUUCCCGCCGUUUACCUCAGGGAGUCCAUUUCGCGACAUUCCUGGUCCCCCACCAGCCUCUUGGUUUAUGGGAAAUUUGGGACAGCUCUUUAAUUCCAAAGGCCUCCCAUUCCAUCAAGAGCUCGUGGAUCGGUUUGGAGGGAUGGUCAAAGUUCACGGGUUCUUUGGGGAGGAACAACUAUACAUCUCUGAUCCCCGCGCACUUCAUUCUAUAAUUUCGAAAGACCAGGAUGCGUUUGAAGAGACUGCCGUGUUUAUUGAGACAAACAAAGUCAUUUUCGGGCCUGGCUUAGUUGCGACGACAGGCGAACAACACAAAAGGCAGCGGAAGUUGGUCAACCCCAUGUUUUCGACGCUCCAACUUCGGCGCCUCGUGCCGAUUUUCUAUGAAAUCGCAGAAAAGCUAUCCAACGUCUUGGCGGAAGAAGUCAGGGCUCAAAGAGCAGAAGGGAAAAGGAAUUUUUUGGACAUGUCGGAAUGGAUGUGCCGCGUCGCACUUGAAAGUGUGGGGCAGACGGUUUUGGGUUAUUCCUUCGACCCGCUCGAUUCUCCUCACAAUAAUCCUUAUACAUCAGCAAUUAAAGAAUUAAUCCCAACAAUAUUUUCAUUGUCACUCGUCCGACAAUUUGCACCGUUCCUCUCCAAGCUUGGACCUCCCUCUCUUAGACGUAAAUUAGUCGAAUGGACGCCAAACGCGGCGGUGCAAAAGGUAAAAAGGAUGUCAGACGUGAUGGAUCAGACCGCCCAGGAAAUUUUGCGCCAGAAGAGAGAGGAUAUUGCCAACGAAGGAUUGCCUUACGAUUAUGAAGAAGGAAAGGAUAUCAUAAGCGUUCUCCUUCGUGCAAACGAUAACGCCAACGAAGCGGAGAAAUUGAGCGAUAUUGAGUUGACUGGACAGAUGACAGUUCUGAUUUUUGGCGCACAAGAUACCACUUCUUCCGCGUUGUCCCGUAUACUCCACUUGCUCUCCGUUAACCCCGAAGUUCAGAGCAAAUUGCGGGACGAAAUAGAGAUAGCCUUGAAAGACUCGGAUGGGCGGCUAGAUUACGACACAGUCAUGGCCCUUCCUUGGCUUGACGCCGUACUUAAGGAAACUCUGAGAUUAUACCCUCCGGUACCUUUCGUACGACGAACUGCUGUAAAGGAGCGAACAAUUCCUUAUUCAGAACCGGCGGAUUUGGCGUCAGGAGACUCACAACCUCGUGUAUCGUCAGUCACCAUUCCUGUUGGCACCACAAUCUUCGUCGGGAUUGCCGGGAGCAAUUCCUUGGAAUCUGUGUGGGGGCCUGACGCCAAAGAAUGGAAACCCGAACGGUGGUUGCCGACGGGCGAUGCGGCACACCAUGGUGUGCGCUUGCCCGGAAUAUAUUCUGGAAUGAUGUCUUUUCUCGGAGGAGGAAGGUCUUGCAUUGGCUAUAGAUUUGCACAAAUCGAAAUGAAGAUUAUUCUCAUAACCCUUCUUUCAAAAUUCAAGUUCUCGCCUACUGAGGAUGAGAUCAUCUGGAACCUUUCGCAGAUAAUUUCGCCCUCUGUGAAGGCGCCUGAUGGUAGUGGAUCAGAGAAGAAGGGACUUCCACUCGUAGUUGAGAUUAUAGAAAAGCCAGGAUCUUGA